AUGUCUGGCGAGGCGGCUGUCCUCAUUUGCCUAGGGCCUGCCUCAGCCCGGGACGAGGAGAAAGCAAGGAAGCUCGAUCGGCCUAUCGUGCCGAUCCAUCAUGGUGUUGAGAGUCCAACACGCGAGCAAUCACCACCGUUUCCAAUCUCCUCACCAUGUCAGCGCGCACUGUUGAGGGACCUGCGAAGCAGCGCUGAACUCUCUCUCGCGGAGGACGGCAUUCCCGAAGGCAGACCUAUACACUCAUCUGAACGGAUCCUUUCCCUUGCCGACCUUGCGCAUCUAUCCCUCAUUCUGCCUACUCCCGACGACGCCCUCAACAGCUUCGCCAAAGACGCGAUUGAUGCACAAAUACGAAUUUUUGAAGAAGGCGUAGGUUUGGGCGAGAUCGACUUCUUCUUCUCUCUCCCCCGUGUGAUCUACGCGCUCACGAGCACAUCCAUAGCUUUGUCGAAAGCCACGAACGUUGUAAACAACUCCUUGAACUAGGUCAUAAUGAACCUGGCGAGAUUUUCGGGAAGAUGGUGCGAAGAGUAUCAGGAGGCGUGGCGAAGGAAGUGGAGACGCGAGAGUAGGAGUCGGCUGGGCUACUUGUGUCUCGCUCGGCGGAUAAUAAGUGAGGUUUGCAGGAAUGCGUGGAUCUCGUUAUUGCGAUGAAGAGCGAGGGAGAGGCCUAUC